AUGAGGGAGACUCUGAGCAAUCUAGAACUAAAGGCCCUUGAUCACUCAUUGGACCCUGGGCAUGUCAAUCCUCACUUCUCAGCAAAUGAGCAUAGAGCUCGCGAUGACGGAACUGGCCCUUUGUUGACCCGUCCAAGCUCCGCCUCCCGUCACUGGCCCACCGGAUUCUUUCCCGCCUUGUCAACGGCCACCUCAGGGACAGUCUUGGGGGGCUGCUCCUCUGGCCGCCCUCCUGCCCUUCCUGUCGCGCGGCCUCCACAGGCACUUUUGAAGACUGUGUCCCCUCUGUCGCCAUUUUCUCUGUCGCCCCCACCGCCCCCUGCCCAGCAGGCCCGGCUGCCAACAGCCUCCCCUCAGAGGCAGUCCCCUCAGCGGCCGCCAUCUUCGCCGCGGUCGUUGCGGCAACCCGAUCGCUGCUCAGGUCCAGGCACGGACCGGGGCGUCCCUUCUGCCAUGUCUGCCCCAGAAGAGCGAGAUCCAGCCCAAGGCGGCCAGGAUCGAGCUGACGGCGGGGCGGACUGCGACCCCAGACUCGUCGGGGUCCCGGUGGUUCCUGCAGAAGGAUCAGAUCCAAUUGUGAGUGUCGCAGCCUUUCUGGUUUCCCAGACGGUCACACGAGCCCUGCAGGAGAUAGGGGGUGGGGAAGAGGCCACCCAGCCCACAGUCGAGGAGGAUGGAGACAUCUGGUCAGCAGAGCAGGAGGAGGACAUGGAGGCGGGACGGGAGGAGGAAGAGGACCAGGACUACGAAGGCGAGGAGGAGGAAGAUGAGGAUGAACCGGGAGACCACGCUGAGGAGUUUGAAGACGUAGAAAGACAUGGAUGAAGGAGAAACAAUGAAUUUAUUCUUCACGGAUUUGAGAUUUUCUGAUUUUCAGUAGUCUGUGGAAAAUUUUAUCAACACUGAUUUUGUUCAAAAUUCAUCACCCAAAAUGUAACAUCCAUUAAUAUCUGAACUUUCUCUCACUUCUUUCAGAUAUAUCUGACAGCAUUUAU